AUGCGUCUCACGCGCCUGAUCUCGACGCUGCUUUGCGCCAGCAACACCGUCCUCGCAGCGCUCCCCUACAAAGGCGUAGACUGGUCCUCUCUCCUCGUCGAAGAAGCCGCCGGCAAAAAAUACAAAAACUCAGCCGGCACCGUGCAACCCCUCGAAACCAUCCUCAAGUCCUCGGGCGUGAACACCGUCCGCCAGCGCCUCUGGGUGAAUCCCUCGGGCGGCACCUACAACCUCGACUACAACCUCAAACUCGGCAAGCGCGCCCAGGCCGCAGGCCUCGGCAUCUUCCUCGACCUCCACUACAGCGACUCCUGGGCCGACCCGGGCAAACAAGUCACACCCGCCGCAUGGCAGAGUCUCAACCGCGAAGCCCUCAUCAAGCAAGUCUACGACUACACAAAAAACGUGCUCGAUACCUUCCAACGCAACGGUAUUCCCUUGAAACUCGUCUCCAUCGGCAACGAAAUCACGCCCGGUCUCCUCUUCCCCAUUGGCAAAUUAUCAGGUAGUUCCCAGGGUCCCGCCGCCAAUGUCGCUGCUAUACUUAAAUCAGCGAGCCGUGCGAUCAAGGAGUCGAGUAUGAGUCCCAAGCCUAAAAUCAUGAUUCAUCUUGAUAACGGCUGGAAUUGGGAGACGCAGAAGUGGUGGUAUGAUCUUGUGCUUGGAUCUGGUGGCGGGCUUUCGCUCUCCGAUUUCGAUGUACAGGGCGUGUCGUAUUAUCCGUUUUAUAAUGCGGCGGCUACGCUGGCGGCGGUGGGGUCGUCGUUGAGUAAUAUGGCGAGCAAGUAUGGCAAGGAGGUUAUGGUUGUUGAGACUAACUGGCCGUCUUGGUGCCCCAAUCCAAAGUAUGCGUUUCCUUCGGAUACUAAGUCUAUUCCCAUCUCGGUGGAUGGGCAGACGACCUGGAUGAAGGAGGUCGCCAAGCGCGUGGCUGGUGCUUCGGGCGGAAAGGGUACGGGUCUUUUCUACUGGGAGCCUGCGUGGAUUGACAACGCGGGCCUGGGUAGCAGCUGUGGAUGGAAUUUGAUGUUUGGUGAUGACGGCAAGGUCAUGAACAGUUUAGCCGUAUUUGGACAAAUCUAG